AUGAUUGAAGAUAGUGGGAAAAGAGGAAAUACCAUGGCAGAAAGAAGACAGCUGUUUGCAGAGAUGAGGGCUCAAGAUCUGGAUCGUAUCCGACUCUCCACCUACAGAACAGCAUGCAAGCUUAGGUUUGUGCAGAAGAAAUGCAACUUGCACCUGGUGGACAUUUGGAACGUCAUAGAAGCGUUGCGGGAAAAUGCUCUGAACAACCUGGACCCUAACAUAGAACUCAGUGUGGCCCGCUUGGAGGCUGUGCUUUCCACCAUUUUCUACCAGCUCAACAAACGGAUGCCAACCACUCACCAAAUCCAGGUGGAACAGUCCAUCAGCCUCCUGCUUAACUUCCUGCUGGCAGCCUUUGAUCCGGAAGGCCAUGGUAAAAUUUCAGUAUUUGCUGUCAAAAUGGCUUUAGCCACGUUGUGUGGAGGGAAGAUCAUGGACAAAUUAAGAUAUAUUUUCUCAAUGAUUUCUGACUCCAGUGGGGUGAUGGUUUAUGGACGAUAUGAUCAGUUCCUCCGGGAAGUUCUCAAACUACCCACAGCGGUCUUUGAAGGUCCUUCAUUUGGUUACACAGAACAGUCAGCUAGAUCCUGUUUCUCUCAACAGAAAAAGGUCACCUUAAACGGUUUCUUGGACACACUCAUGUCCGACCCUCCCCCGCAGUGUCUGGUCUGGCUGCCCCUUCUGCAUCGGCUGGCAAAUGUAGAAAAUGUCUUCCAUCCGGUGGAAUGUUCUUACUGCCAUAGCGAGAGUAUGAUGGGAUUCCGCUACCGAUGCCAACAGUGUCACAAUUACCAGCUCUGUCAGGACUGCUUCUGGAGGGGACAUGCCGGUGGUUCCCAUAGCAACCAACACCAAAUGAAAGAGUACACAUCAUGGAAAUCACCUGCUAAGAAGCUAACUAAUGCAUUAAGCAAGUCUCUGAGCUGUGCUUCCAGCCGUGAACCCUUGCACCCCAUGUUCCCUGACCAGCCUGAGAAGCCACUCAACUUGGCGCACAUCGUUGAUACUUGGCCACCCAGACCUGUAACCAGCAUGAAUGACACCCUCUUCUCCCACUCUGUCCCCUCCUCAGGAAGUCCUUUCAUUACCAGGAGGUCACCUGAGGGGAUAAGUGCAUCCAGCCCUGUGGCUGAAGAGCAUUCGCUCAUAAAGCUGUAUGUAAAUCAGCUUGACCACGGCUCACGCUCUCCUCCCAAGGACAGUGAAGUAGAGCAGAACAAACUGCUGGCUAGGGCUGCUCCAGCUUUUCUGAAGGGCAAAGGGAUACAGUACAGCCUGAAUGUGGCAGACAGGCUGGCUGAUGAACAUGUUCUCAUCGGGUUGUAUGUCAACAGGCUCCGGAACAACCCACCAUGCAUGCUUGAGAGUUCGAACCGGCUCGAUGAAGAACACAGACUGAUCGCCAGGUACGCGGCAAGACUGGCAGCAGAGUCCGCUUCGUCUCAGCCGACACAGCAGAGAAGUGCUCCUGACAUCUCCUUCACCAUUGAUGCAAAUAAGCAACAGAGGCAGCUGAUCGCAGAGCUAGAAAACAAGAACAGAGAAAUCUUACAGGAGAUCCAGAGGCUGCGGCUAGAGCAUGAACAAGCUUCUCAGCCCACUCCAGAGAAGGCACAGCAAAACCCCACUCUGCUGGCAGAACUCCGGCUCCUCAGACAGCGCAAGGACGAGCUGGAACAGAGAAUGUCUGCUCUCCAGGAGAGCCGGAGAGAGCUAAUGGUCCAGUUAGAAGGUCUCAUGAAGCUACUAAAGGAAGAAGAACUGAAGCAGGGAACCCAGGGGGCAGGCUCUCCUCGCUCCUCCCCCAGCCACACCAUCAGCAGGCCCAUCCCCAUGCCUGUGCGGUCCGCGUCUGCCUGCUCCAGCCCGUCCCACACGCCUCAGGACUCCCUCACGGGGGUAGGGGGUGAUGUUCAGGAGGCGUUUGCACAAAGUUCAAGAAGAAACUUAAGAAAUGACUUACUGGUAGCAGCAGAUUCCAUCACUAACACCAUGUCCUCUCUUGUGAAAGAGCUGAAUUCCGAGGUGGGGAGUGAAACUGAGAGUAAUGUGGAUUCUGAAUUUGCACGGACUCAGUUUGAGGAUCUGGUUCCAUCGCCAACCACUGAAAAGGCUUUUCUAGCACAAAUCCACGCCCGAAAACCUGGGUACCUCCACGGUGGCGCUACCCCCAGCACCAUGCGUAGUGACGUAUUUGCUCCCAAACACCCCUUGUGGUGUAUUCCCAGGGUCACAGAAGAUGGGGACCCCUACGUGCAGCCAGAGGAUGAGGACUAUGAAAAUGACUCUGUCCGGCAGCUGGAGAACGAGCUCAAAAUGGAAGAGUACCUGAAGCAGAAGCUGCAGGAUGAAACCUACCAGGCAAGCUAUAGUCAGACAGAUGAUGAAGGUAACAGGAAAGCUGGUGGUGAAGGAGAGCCCCGCACCCACCCACACAGAGGAGAAGACGCAGCCUGGCAGCAGCCUCAUUGGAGAGAGAGGAGCCGCCCGCACAGCAGCUCCUGA